ACUAGUGUACGGCGUUAGUGGAAUUCGGAUUUACGCGUUUUGUUGUGUGAAAUUAUCAUCUGUUCGAUAAAAUUAAAGUUAAUCUAAUGAUCAAUUGUUAUAUUCGUCUAAAAAAUGUGACGAACGCUAUUAAAAUGUGAAUGAAUUAAUUGACGUGAAUUGUUUUCACUUUAUUCAGUGGAAGUGAUCUUUUUUAUUACUAUGGAUUAUUGGAAUAAUAUUUAUUGAAAGGAAACACGAACUUUCACGAAAGAAUCGAGAUCAAUUCUAAUGCUAUAUUUGAACAUAACCCAACUUUUUUGUGAAACAUUACGUAAAACAUAAAGACAAUUUUAAAUAUAAUACGUAAUGCUGUAAUCAAUAAUUUUUUCAAUCAAUAUAUGGGUAAAUUGAUAAUAGUGGUGAUAGAAAAUGUAAAAUUUGUGACUAACCUUAAAGUGUUGUGAGUAGUUUUAACUGUACCCUAUAUAUAGACUAAUACCAAGUAGCGGGAAUGUUUUAUAAAAUGCGUCGUCCUAGAGGGGUCCAACAUUUCCCAUUUCAUCUAGUAACAGACAAUUUUAGACGAAACGUCGUUUUUAAAGGUAAAGGUAUGACCGAGGUGGGGGUAAUCCGGGGUAGUCCGGACUCGGACUGCAAUAGCAACCACCAUGGAUCAUCCAGUUACCUUAGCAAUACAUCUUCCCAAGACAUCGACUUUAUACAAGAUAAUUCUGAUUACCAAUGGUUUAUCGAUUACGGAUACAGAGAUGGAGGCACCAACAACCACACGAGUAUUCUCUCCUUGCCGGAAUCCUACGAAGCCGGCGAUUUGAAUUACUACGACGCUUUUUCUAAAAACAUGGACGCUAAUUUGGCCGAAGCCGAUAUGGAAAGUUUUCGUACCGAAGAUAUACACGCUCUAUUGACCAAUUUACCACCAAUGUGCACGGAUCAUUUAAGUCAAGAGAAUAAUCGUCAAGGGGAAUGCUACGCCAGCGUAUCGGGAUCGAUGAUGGCAAAAUUCGAUCUGGAAAGUUCCAUCAGUCCGCACAGUAGUUCCCAAGGUGACGAAUGUUCGGCCAAUUCUAAUUCGAUGUCGAUAUGCAAAUCGGAAUUGCUCUUUAGUCCAGUGAAAGAAACACCGGUACCAGUUAAUUUCAGCGUUGAUUCACUGGACUGCGAUUUGCACGACAUGAUGUUAACCUGUCAAGCCAACAAGGAUAAUUAUACCAUAGCCUUCGAAGGAUCAGUUACCAUGUAUUCCGAAGACAGUGAUUACAUCGAUAAAGAUAAAUCUGAGAAUUCUCAUCAUUCUGAUAGUUCUGUUUGGCCGAGUAACGUCAAGAAUAAUAUAAAAGUGAUCGAUGGUGCGAUGACUCGAUCUGAUUCGAAUAGUUUUACUACUUGGAGCAAAUUGAAGAAACUCGGUAGCGAAAAUAUACUCAGAAAACAUCCUUCGGGAAACAAUAAUAAUUCGACGAGUGAAACUAGUCAUUUAGGAUUAACCGAUACGGCUGCAAAAAGUCAAAGCAUGCCGGACCUGUACAAACGGAAGUUGAAGAAUAUGGCGGCUGUUAGUGUGCAAUCAAAAAAUAGUUCGACCGACAGUUGCACGAUAAAAAAACGUCCCGUUAAACUUUUCGAUAUUCAACAUCAAUCGAACGGCAACGGAAGCGGUAGUAUAUCCGAAAUGGCGACUUCCGUCGACGUCAGUUUCAGCGAUAACGCCAACAACAAACAACCGAACUUCAGUCUCGUGAAAUUGUUUAUGAAACAAAAAAGUAUGAGCGCCGAAGGUAUGUCUACCACCAUGGACCAAUUAUCCUCUUCGGAAAAUUGGCCCGUAAGUCAAUCGGGCGGAAGUUGUUAUUCGGAAUCUAAAGAUAAUUUGAAAAUUAAUGCUCGAGACGUUUCGAAAACGUCAAAUUGCGAAAUAAUGAACGAAUUAGCGGAAAGUUUAUCGAAACUCGAUUUGGGUAAUGAGGAAACGAAUAAAAACAUUAACAACAAUAAUAACGAUAACGAAAAGAUGAAUAGAAGUAUACAGACGUCGCAAUUUUCCGAAAUAACGAAUUUAAAACAAGCUAACAAAUUAAAAUCGUCGGAAAAUACUACUAAAAGAUUCAUAAAAAUAAUAGAACCGUCGUUUUUGACUAAAUUAAAAAAAGAAGGCCAAGUCGAAAAACCGGUAUACGUCUUAUAUCCCGAUUACGUUUUACCGAAUUUGGAUUUCCUCAACGACAAAACCAUAUCACCCGAACUACGUUUGUUACCCCAAAAACCUACCGUCGCAACAAAUAAACGCAGACCGUUCAGUUGUAACGAUUUGGAAUCCCUAAAGAAAAAAGGUUUCGCUCACGUACAAGAUUGGGAUUCGUUAAACGUCUUACUACCGUACGAAUACCGUAAAAUCCUAUCGGAAAUACCGGAAGUAUCCCAACAUAUCAAAAAACCUUCGUUCGUACAAAAUAAAUUCCCCAAAAGAAGACCUUUAAGUUGCGAGAUAAUAAAUCAAUCAUCUAGUUCGAGUACUACGACACAACCGAGCUCAGGUUACAGAGGAUCUUCCAGUUUAUUGACCGAUUCCCAAAACAGUCCGGUACCUAACACCAAUCCCUUAUUCGUUUAUCGGUACGACAGCGUAACCAGCUCCGAAGCUAGUUUAUUAAACAGCGAAAAACAACGUAGUAUAACAACAACAGCUCAAAUAAGAACGCAGGAGGAAUGUCUACCGCCAAGACCUCCGCUUCCAAGGGGAAUACUAAGAAAAGGUAUCGAAAAGAUCGAGGCGAAUAAGCGAUACAGCAUGUACGAAACCAGCGAAGAAGAAACCAACGAAGAUCCGACUUAUAAAAGAAAAUCUUUACCGGAACCUUAUUAUCUAAUUCGGAAUAAACGUUUUUCGGAAACUGAAGACGAAGGCGUAGACGCCGGAACGUCGAGUAGCAGUUUGGACGAGCAUCCGGAUAGUCUACCGCACACCGACGUAUCUAAUAUGAGCAUCGACGAAUUGGCGCAACUGGAGGAAUUUUUAAAAUUGAGCGGAAUCUCUGCGACGGAUCAAGAAGAAUUGACCGAAAAAAAUUUGGGACAAUUGAGAUCGUACGUCAGUAAAUUUUUAACGUUGAAAAUUAAUCAGGAGAACGGCGAACAUUUCGGCGGGAAAAAGUGCGUCAGUUUCGCCGAAAAGGUUAACGUUUUACCUAAAUAUUUGGAAAGUAAACAGUUUAUACCGCCGAAUAAUUCGCCGAACGUUUCGGCUUUUAUACAACAAAAAAAUUAUCAGACUAAAAAGUUGAGCGAACAACCGAUAUGCGAAGAAAACGAAAACAGUCCGAAUUACUCCAGCCCCCAAACGACUCCGAUUCAUCUAAACAAAACUUUAUCCGAUAAUUUAAUACAAAAGCGAUCGCUUAUAAGCGCAGUAACCGACGCAGUCGAACAAAUAAUGCACCAUUUCUCAUUAGCAUCCAACCAAAUGGAAUUGAACGCACUAGGGGAUUCGAGUACGAACCCCGCAUGCGCGAAAUUGUGUCUAACCACGCUAUGUCCGGCUUUAUACGCCGUUUUGAGCGACGGAUUAAAACCUAAUUUGGAAACCAGCUUCGGAGCUAUACACAAUUCGGUGUGGCAAGUAGUAGAAGCUUCCGCUCAACAAGGACCUCUCACCAAAGCUUUACACGAUUUGGUAAUGAGAAUAAACAGCGAAGACGCAAUUACCGAAGGUCUAGUCAAAUUCAACGCUUUCGUUUUCGGUUUGCUCAACGUUAGAUCUUUGGACGCGUGGACCAGCUUUUUGAGAACCAGAGAAAGCGUACUCAAAAAACAUUACACCGCCGAUUCUCUAUUGGUGAUGUCGCAUACCGGAGGUGCUAACGUUAGAUCUCUGCUGGAUACUAUGGUCACCGCUUUACAACCCCUCGCCUUUUUACCCUUUCAAUUCGAUUUACUUUUCGAAUUUAAACAACUACAUCAAAGUUUCAAGAGGAUGGAUUCUUAUAAUCAAUCUUUCAGUCCCACCCACAAGCAUUCCCCGUCUCCUAAUUUCAAACAAUUCAAUUCUACCAAAAUGGAUGUAUCUCGAUCGAGAUCGAAUUCUGAAUCAGAAGAAGUUUUGACCGUGAAAAAUUAUUCGCCGUUAGAAUCACAGCUUCCGGACGUUAUAAAUACGUCCCCCGUAUCUAAAUCGAAAUUGAGGUUAGAAAGACCUAGAUCGUGCGUCGAAAGCUCCGGUACGGCUCACCCUAAUUUCAAAUUAGGCGAAAAUAUUAACGAUAUAGCGAAAAAACGUUGGUCUGGCAUCGCUUUGACUUCGAAAUUAUACCAAGCUUUCGAUAAAUUAGCAAAAGAAGACGAGGAAUAUAUAGACAGUUUGGAAAAUACUAAAAUCGAUAAAAACGACGAACCGGAAUCGCUCGAUUCGAAUUUUUCGGACGAAAAACCGAUCAACGGUAAAAGGUUCAAAAAGUUGCAACAGAAAUGGGAAAAAUUGAGCGGACAUAAUCCGUUGGAAUCCCCGCCGUCUUCGCCCACUCACGCGGUAAAAUCGAAAAUACCGCGUCCGAUAACAUCCCCGAUAAAACCGUCCGGCAUACCGAUCCCAGUUACCAACGCAAAAAUCGGCAAGAAAAUGACCGCCCAACCGAAAAACGUCGCUAAUAAUAUCAAAAAUUCACCCGCGAAAAGAAACAACGCGCCAAAUACGAGAACUAGUAGGGUGGAUCAACUGGACAAUCCUCACGACAUAGUCAGACACCCGCAGAGACCCAGCAGUUUACCGUACAGUAAACCGACACAACAAAAUGGUAAAACCACCAAAAUUACCCCGCCCAGAAGGGCAGCUUCGAGUUCGUUGAGCAGAAGACCCGUAACGCAAACUAACGUACCAAAAAUUGUAAAAACCGUGAGUCAUCGAUUACCAUCGGAAAGCGGCCAUUUGUCCUACAACGAAGGCGAAAAAUUACGUGUCGUCUUGGAAGUAGACGAAAAAUGGCUGCUAUGUUGUCGUGGUACCCAAAAAGGUUUGGUACCUAGAUCGGCCGUUAUCGCCGAUAAAGGGCGAUUCUGAUUGUAAAUAAAUCGAAAAUUUGAUAAAUUUGAUUAAAUAUAAAGUUAAAUUUACCAAUAUUUCGAUUUAUUUUAUGGUAAAUGAAGAGUUGUAAAUUUUUAUACAGACUGUACUUGUGAUGAUUACGACCAUUUUUAUUUACAAGACGCCACCUAUACAAUACUCAUACAAGUAAUAAAUCACGGACAUAAUCAAAAAUUUUAUACUUUGAAUAUUAUUUCAUUUUUAAUUAAUUCUAACGCAUAUUUUUCAUAUAAAUAGAAUCUUUUUUAUUAAAAAUAAGAUUAAAUUACUCAUAUAGCUGUUGUAAUGGUGGUGACUCGUCCUAUACGUAACAUACUACCAUGGAUAUUCAAAAGUAACUUGUUAUUAGGAUCUAGAUUCAUCAUAUUGUUGCUGCUUGUUGAUUGUGAUGAUAAUUAAUGGCUGCAGACACUAAUUUUUUUUGCCUUUUCGGUGAUAUAGUAUUAAAAAAAAAGUAUAGGUACUUAAUGUGUAGGAAGUUUUUUUCUUUGUCCCAUUGUAAUUUCGUAUGUUCAGAAAAAUAUUUCGAUACAGAGAAAUCUGAAAUUUUACAUCUUUACAUACAGUGCGGGUCUAACUAAAAGUUUUAUCAAGUUUUCUCCGCAUGUUUUUCGAAUCGGAUUAAAAAUAUGACGGUUACAGUGUGAUAUAUACCGGGUGAGUCUAAAAAUAUCGUUUAUCAUAUAUUUUGAACAGAAUAUGGUAUAUUAUGUAUAAAUACACAAAUUUAUUGAUGAUAUAUCCAUCAUAUACAGAGUGGUUAUAAAAUAAAACAUUUUUUUGAAAAAAUUUUAAUUUUUUGACUCUGUUUACAGUAGAAGGUGUCAAAAUCAAUGUUUGCAUUAUAUAUAGGGUGAUAUUUCAAUAAUAAUUCAUUUAUAACUUUGAUUAAUGUUUUUUUUUUUGGAAAAUUUUCAAAUUGUUUCAAAAUUUGUCAGUUACAGUGUUAUUUUCAUUAUAUACCGGGUGGUACUAAAUAUAUUUACACUUUUUGACUCGAAUGUUGCAGUAGAGAAGUUAUCGAUGAUAUUUCCAUCAUAUACAGAGUGGUUAUAAAAUAAAAAUUCAUUGAACACUUUCUCUAAUGUUUUUUUCCACAUUUUCUCGACAAAAUUUUCAAAAUGGUUAAAAAUUUGACAGUUACAGUAAUAUUUACAUUAUUAUACCGGGCAUUUCAAGAAUAAAUUUCAAUUUUCCAUUAUAUACAGAGUGAUCUUGAAGUCAUUGAAUAUUUUGUUUGUUUUUUUCCAAAUUCUUCCAUGCUCUGGCAAUUACAUCGAUAUUUGCAAUAUAUACCGGGUGAAACUAAACAAAUUUCCAUUUUUUUAACACGAUUUGGGUAGUUACAGAGUGUUUAUAAAAUAAAACACUUUCACUAAUAUCUUUUUUCCACAUUUUUGCUAUAAAUUUUCGAAAACCAUCAUCAUAUACCUAGUGAUUUAAAAAAAAAUCGUUGAUUUCAUAUAAAUCUCGCUUGUUUUAUUCUCGGUGGUUGGGUUUCUUAUUUUCAAGUUUUAGAAAUUUAGUUUUUGUAUUACGAGGUGGUGGAUAACUUUUUACUAACAAACCUCUCCCUUCUUCUUCUUUCCCCAUUAUCUCACAUGUGAUUUCACUUCGAAUUCUAAUGUAAUUUCAAUUCUCAUUAACACAGCCACGCCGAUUUCCUUUCCUUUGCACGUGUAACUGUAACGUGGAACUACAUUAGAAUUCAAUACAAAAACUGCUUUGGAAAAAAAAUGAAUUCACUAGGAAUUUUAACUCGAGAAGGGUUGAAAUUCUGUUGUGGAUUGGCACACCUUUUGUUUGAUAUUUUUUCGCACACCAGAGCUUCUGGCGUGGACCGAGUAUUUGCAGAAUACCAAGGAUUCGACCCUAACAGCUCAAAUCACCUUCCCUUUUAUGUUCAACAUUUUUGGUUAUGGAAUAAAACAAGCCGAGAUAAUAAUUUUCAUAUUUUUAAUAGAUUUUAGAAGAAAAUUUUCAUUUUGUGUGUUUUUACGACUCGACCACUAUCAUUAUAUUUAUAAAUGACGCCAUUUUGUCUUUAUUCCGUCUUGUUUUCUAAAUUUAACCUCAAAAACUGACGUAAACUGUUCUCCGAUUGACACUUUUUCAUAACAUAACCUAAAAAAUUGCUAUAAUUUAUGAAAGGCCUCAUUUUCUCUUUGUUCUAUCAGAUUUUGUUCUAUAUAACCUCAAAAGUUGCUCUAAUCUAUAAAUAUAUUUAUAGAUGAGGCCAUUUUCCUUCUGUUCCAACAUCAUUUUUGUCAAAAUAUAGAAUUAUUAUGAACUGUCACUAUUUUUAAAGAUUAUGUUAUUUUGUACCAUCAUUUUUUAUAAUAACUGUCAAAAAUUAUCGAGAAUCUGUCACCGAUUAAUGGGUGACGAGAUUUCCUAGUUGUUUCUUCAAGUUUUUUUCGACAUAACCACAAAAACUGUUCAAAUCUAUCAAACGAUUGACAGAUGACGUAAUUUCCUCCUCAUUUCGUCAUUUUUCAUACCAUAACUUCAAAUAUUGCCGAGAAUCUGUCACCGAUUAAUAGAUGACGACAUUUUCACGUUGUUUCUUCAAGUUUUUUUCGACAUAACCACAAAAACUGUUCAAAUCUAUCAAACGAUUGACAGAUGACGUAAUUUUCUCCUCAUUUCGUCAUUUUUCAUACCAUAACUUCAAAUAUUGCCGAGAAUCUGUCACCGAUUAAUAGAUGACGACAUUUCCUCGUUGUUUCUUCAAAUUUUUUUCGACCUAACCACAAAAACUGCUUCAAUCUAUCAAUCGAGUCAUAAAUGACGUCAAUUUUUCUUUUUUUUUACCAGUUUCUACAUCAUAAACUACUGUGAACUGUCAAAAUCUUUAAAUAUUACGCCAUUUUUCUCUAUCCCAUGAUUUUUGAUGACCUAACCUCAAAAAUUACUGGGAUCUGUCACUAAAUUAAUAGGUUACCAUAUUUUUUCCCGACAUAACCACAAAAGCCAUUUUCUCGUUGUUUCAUCAAUUUUUUUGACAUAACCUCAAAAUUUUUGAAACGAUUUUUUUCUGAGCAUACGAUAAUCGAAACCCUUUAUUGUGAUAGUAAAUUUUCAAAAUGUUUUCGCUUGUUGUAUAUCUAGUGGAUAUUAUUAAUAAUUGAAGUAUUAUAAACGUAUAUAACUUACAGUGAUUUGUGUAAAAUUUACCAAAUAUUCGAUACGGUGGCCUUUUUGAUUGUAAAUUUUCAACAUUUGUGUGGCAGUACAAGCUAUGACCAAAAAGAAAAAAAAAACAAAUAAUUUCCUUAUAUUCAUCAACCGAUUGGAAAAAUAUAAAUCAAUGGUCGUGGGCUGUACAAUUUUUUUUUUCAUUUUCGUCAUUAUUUAUUUGUAUAUACUUGACUUUUAAUGUAUAAGAUGUAUAUAAUCCUUACCAAAGUCAUUCUCGAACGAUCUGAUCGAAUAUAUUCCGAUAAUAAUAUUAAGAUUAUUUUUUUUUUCAUUUUAAUAUUUUCAUCGUCUCAUUCAUGGGUGCCAUAAACACCUGUUUCAUUUAAAUAAACAUUUGCUGUAAAAAAUAAAACAAAAUUCGUUUAGUCCAUAAGUUUCAUGUAAUGUAAAACAACCUUGUAGAAAUGAAUCAUAAAAAAAUAUAUAUAUAUAAAGCUACAAAUAAUAA